AUGAAAACCAGCAGAAACAUCCCAACCUCGCCAGCACUCACAUCAGACCCAAACCCAGCCCCUCCAUUCCGCAGUGUCUCCGCCUGCAACAGAUGUCGUCUCCGCAAACACCGCUGUGAUCAACGCCUGCCUCGCUGCGAGUCAUGCGAGAAAGCCCAAGUCCGCUGCGUGGGCUACGACCCGCUCACCAAGCAAGAAGUCCCACGCAGCUACGUAGCCUUCCUCGAAAGCCGCGUCAAGUAUCUCAACCAAGUCCUCAUCGACCACGGCAUCGGGUUCAAGCCCGCUACCGCCUACGACGAGGAAGAAGCGCUGAAGAUGGAAACCGGCCAUUCGCCGAGGUUGGAGGCGGGGCCACGGGAGACGAGAGAAUUGCCAGAGCAGUCGGAGACCCAAACGGGGAUGGGGGCGCGCACGGCCCGUAAGAGGAAGUGGACUCCGUCUUCGGAGGACACCAUUCCGACUAGACAGGCCAAGCGCUUGGCGCAGUUAAAUGUUCUUCUUACGGAGUUGUUGACGGAUGGAUGUGACCAUCGUCAUUGUUCGCGGGAUCCGGGUGGGGGAUAUUUGCGUGCUGCUCGUAGGCAGCGUGUACAGGAGGACUCGAGGGAGCAGAGAUUGCCGUGGUCGCCGCGGAGUGUGGAUUCGAUUGAGCAAGAUAACCGCGUGACGAGGUCUGCGUCCCCGGGGUCAUUGCACGAGCCAUAUCAUUAUCCCAGGGCGACUCCUGGGCGUGGCUCGUCGAUGAUCGGUGGUGAAACUAUGAGAGCGGAUCAUGGGCGUGAAGUGCGUGACGCGAAAAGACAGCCUAGGGUUGAGCUUGAUUUGGUUAACUUCGAGUCUGAGAUCAUGCCUCUUGCUGGGGGUGGUAAAGUGCGGAACGCCAAUGUCGUUCGGCAUUUGAAUGUUUCCAGCCGUGCGUCGUCGCCGGAUGAUGAGGGCCGUUCUAGUCCCGAGCCCAAAUUUGAUAUUGCUGCUGAUCUGCUUCGAGGACGGAGGGAGAGGGAGAGGGCUAAUUACGAUCUGCUGGAUGAAUUCCUUGUUGACUGGACUGAGUGA